AUGAUUAAUCAUUUGGCGGCGAAACGAUUAGGUGUAUGGGUCUGCUUACUCUUCACAUUGUAUUUAGACCCCAAGUGCAGCGGUACGGGGAACAGCGAUGGGAUCAAUACCCCUAUAGACCGCAGUGACCGUAUCGGCCCUGGUAGUGAUGAAUCGUUCAGCAAGUACAUAGGGAAGGGGUACGACAUCCUGUUCGGAUAUCCACUCCCAAACAACGAGCUUGUGGAAGACCCAGGAUUUAGGAACGAAAUAUUUGACACGAGAAAUUCUCUAGACAUUAUCAACCAAGUUGCCUGUCACAGAGAUGAAUAUUUCAACUUCGUCGAAGGAAUCAAUGAUGUUACACACUUGGCCAUGGAUAACAUAAACGUCGAAGACGUGAAUUCCAGCGUAAUUCCUUUUUCUGCCUCCAUGCCAUACAAAAGCUACUUUGCCGACUUAGAAAUAGGAAGGAAAAAAUACCUAGUUGUACAGAACAACUGUGUGCACAAAUACGUAACGUACAAUUUAAGAGACACCACAAGACAUAUUAAUAGAGAGUUCUUAUUGGAGACGGAUAAAUUGCCCAUUUUAGAAAAGAAGGACAAUCAAAAGGAAUGUCUAAAGGGGAGAUACCGCCACAGUGGGAAAAACGAACGGUGCGCAGAAAUCAUAAAACCAUGGAUUGAUUUUUUCAAGAAAUAUGGGACCCACUUAGUUUUGUCUGCACACUUUGGUGGGCAGUCCUUUAACUCCUUGGAAGUUUCCCGGCGCACGAUGGAGGAAGCGAAGAUAUACAGUUAUAAGUACCCGCUCUCCAACGUCACCAACUUGGACGUAUUCAGGACGGCAUUGCUACUACAGGGGGAUACCAAAGAGGCGGGCAAAGAUGGCAACGUAAGUGAUGUACGUAGAGGGCGUGACCAUAUUCUUAAGGAUCCGCAUAACGAACUACAUGAUGAGCCCCUUAACGAACCGCCCCGCAUGAGGGAAAAAUCCAUGGGGGAGAAAACCGCUAGCCUGGAUACCCGUGGGGGAAACCAAACGUACAACGGGUGGAAGCAACAGACGUACGCUGUAUGGAAGGACUCAAUUUAUGCCAACCUCCUUCCAGUGCACCUGGACUUAAUUUCAUUGAGCUCUUUCAUGCGUAAGGAAAAAAAGGAAUCGUACGAGAAGGCCCUGGUUUACUACAACAGCCUCUACGGAAUGGACAAGGAAAAGUAUUACCUCUCACAAGACAUUAUAGAUGUGUUGGCUGAUGGAAAGCAAAUAACAGGAUCGGCCAAAGGUUCGCUCAUUUUAAGUUGUCCUGUUGGUUAUGUUAAGAGUACUGGAUUUAUCCUGACCUAUGACACAUCCGAGAGGCCGACGAGGAAUAGAGGCAAGAAGGGAGAUGCAGCGAAGGAAGAAGACGCAGCCAGGAUCCGCGUGUAUCCUUGCGUCAACAACGGAGAGUACGAUAUUUCAUGCUCCCACAUAAAUGAAAACAAUUCUGUUAUUUCCUUCGGAUGGCUGUAUUGCGUGAAGUACAGUUUUGUCCAGUUCGAAACGUUUUAUGCAAAUAGAAGUCAAGCAUCCGGCGGAACGUCGCUAGAGGGUAAGUGUUCAGAGGGAGGUAGUAUAGCCUUUGGGUUUAAGAUGAAGUUGGAAAAAAAUAAAAAUUUGAUCGGCAUGAAAGUGAAGGCGUGCCCCGUCGGUGAAUCCAAGUGUGUAAUUAACCAUGAGGAGGCCAAUUCUGAUUACCUACUGUGGGGGUUCUGCGCUCCCCCAUCAUUUCACAGCAUCAACUCCAUGCAGGUAACAUACAUUGAACAGUCGAAUGUGAUGGCCGAUGUGCAGGGUGCUUGUUCUGACAUGCAGAAAAAUAAAUACGAUAAUAUUUUCCUUGGAUUUUCCUUUUCUUUUGACAAUGAAUUGAGGCACGUUCAUGUUUCUCCUUGCGGGAUGAAGACCAAGUAUUGUAUCCACAAAGUGGGAAAUAAGGCAGAGAAGAACUAUGCGGGAAUGUUCCUGCUGUGCAGGAAUGACGGUGGUUCCCAGAGGCAGUUUUCCUUUCCCCAGAUGUUGGCUAUGUGA